ACCCAAACAAUGCUGACGUUACCAAAAAGAUGUUUUAAAAGACACAAAAUUUACACAAAUGUGAACGACGUAAAAACACAAUUGCCACCCCUCCAAUAGUAUUCAACGCGCUUUCAAACAGUAUUCGCCGCCAAAUCUCAUCCAAAAACAAAAAAUAUUUCAAGCCAGCCACAGGUGAAAGCGAGAUUUUUUUUUGGUUGCAGCCAUGAUGUUCUCACAUUCGGGCCACGUUAUGACUCUGGCCAAUAGCAUAAUUGGCGUUGGAAUUCUGGCCAUGCCCUUCUGCUUUCAGAAGUGCGGCAUUAUUUUGUCCAUAUUGCUGCUGAUACUCAGCAAUUGGAUAACACGUGUCUGCUGUCAUUAUCUGAUAAAAACAUCGUUGCUGACACGUCGUAAAAGCUUCGAAAUGCUUGGCCUGCAUGCAUUUGGCGCAUCCGGCAAACUGUUGGCAGAACUUUGCAUCAUUGGCUAUCUAAUUGGUACGUGCAUAACGUAUUUUGUUGUCGUCGGCGACUUGGGGCCACAGAUCGUGGCUAAACUGUUCAAUGUGGACAUUGCGGAGAAUCAACAUCUGCGCACCGUGGUCAUGUGUGCCGUCACCGUCUGCUGCAUUGUGCCGCUGGGCAUGCUACGGAAUGUGGACAGUUUGUCUGCAGUGUGCACCGCCUCCAUCGGAUUCUAUGUAUGCCUCAUGCUGAAGAUUGUGCUCGAGUCUGAGUCGCAUAUUGUGGCCAACGAUUGGAAAGAGAAGGUUGUCUACUGGGAACCAGCGGGAGUUCUCCAAUGCUUACCCAUCUUCAGCAUGGCACUGUCCUGUCAAAUGCAACUUUUUGAGGUAUUUGAGAGCAUCAACAAUCAAAGUCUGGACAGACUGAAUGGCAUUGUGCGCAAUGCGACCUGGAUAUGUACACUGGUCUACAUAGCUGUUGGUUUCUUUGGCUACGUCGCCUUCUGUACGCACAGCUUUUCCGGUAAUAUUUUAAUUAACUUGUCGCAGUCGUUUGGCAGUGAUAUCAUUAAAAUUGGUUUUGUGCUAUCGGUGGCAUUCAGCUUUCCUCUGGUCAUAUUCCCCUGCCGAGCAAGCAUCUACUCCUUGUUGUACAGAAAGCAUGGACACACAGAGACCAGCAGUUAUAUACCCGAGCAGCGUUUCCGUUUAAUUACGCUCUUCAUCGUGUUCUUCUCGCUGUGCGUGGCGCUUGUGAUUCCAUCGGUUGAGCUGAUUAUUGGCCUGGUGGGCUCCACAAUUGGCGUGGCGAUUUGCAUCAUGUUUCCGGCAUCGAGUUUUCGCCAGAUCAUCCAAAAGGAAUCCAUGGAACGAAAGUUGGCACAAUUUGUAUUUAUCAGCGGCUUCUUUCUGAUGAUUCUUGGCACGUAUGCCAAUUUAAAUGCGAUUGAUGCCCAGAGUUCGGGUCCACAAUUUGAUGGGGGAGUGCAAGUUGUCACACCUCUGUUGCCCAACGAUACACCACUAUUUAAUGCACUUCACAACGAAAAGAAGCCUGUGCUGCUAAAACAUAUAAUGAAAACGCCAAGCGAUAUGGAAGUUAAAGAAAUAUUAGAGAAACUGGAAGUUGGCAAGCGGGAACAGAACGCGGAUAGUAAUAAUAUUGUCGAGAAGCCAAAUGUUUUAAGUGCUUCGGCGAACAAUCCACCGAUGCCGCCGCUGCCCGUUGAUGAAUCCCAUGGCGUGGAACUGAAAAACGAUUCACCUCUGGACAACUCGGAGAGCUUGCCAAAACCGGAAGCUAACGUUGCAGAAGAAGUGAAAGAAGUUAAAGAAACGCCAGCUGCAAAGAAAAACUUGACCAAAGUAGAAAAUCCUGCAGUGGCAGCAGAAGCAGCAGUAGAACUGCCUGCCAAGACGCUGGAAGAGUCUAAGAAAUUAGAAGAUGGAGCACAGCAAACAAUUGAUGGGGCUGCCAUUAAAAAGGAAGAGGAAAUUACGGCUGAGGAGCAAAAGGAUAAACCAAGUGGUGUUGAGCUGCGUGAGCAGGAAAAGGAGCUCAAGGAGAAAAUGCAGAGGCUGGAACGCACCGUAGAUAAACUAAACGAAGAGUUGGCCAAACAAAAGCCACAAAAUCCCGCUACUAUGAAACUCUUGGAGCGCAGCGUCGAUAAGCUGACCCAUCAAUUGGAAAAUCAUAAUCCUGUCAUUCCAAAACAUUUAGCUGUUGAUGAACUAGCCAAUGCACUGAAUCAGGUUAAGGAAACCAAUCGUCUAGAUGAGCAGCAACAAAAGCAAAAGUCGGAGCAGCUGCAGCCACAAACACAACCUCAACCAGCCAACGAUACUGUUAAAGAACGCAAGCCAGUCUCACUGAUGGAGAUGCUGACAGAAAAUGCGCAUGCACGAGAAGAGCAGGAAGCCCACGCUGGCGUCUUUGAGCCACUUUCCUACAAGACGGGCGAGCUGUUCAAUAAUGCAUCAAAGGCGGGGGCACCAGUGUUGGCCCAACGACUACCACUGCCUCUCGCAUUGAUUGCCAAUUCCACACAGAAAAAGCCAAACAGAACCUUAACCGAAGAACUGGCAAAUAACAAAUCAAGCAGCGUCGACAAUAUUGAGGCGAUAAGACGCGAAUUGUUGCAAAUAAAAGAGCAAAAAGUCACGUCUGAGUCGACCGUGUUGCGGCUCAAACGCGACGCAAAUGUCGACAACAAAGAGAACUGUCUUCCGAAGCCCCAGCUGAAUGAGGUGAAAACCAGUGCGCUUGUCGGUCUCGGCAUCCAAGCUGAAAAAAUGGGACGCGAAUUGAAAUCCAUCAAGGAUGAGGAUUACGAGACGACGACCACGACGACGACGACACCACCCACCACAGUACUUGAUAAAAGCUAACAAUUGCACUGAUCUGAACUGAACUGAACUGAGCCGCAAGCACUGCGUUAACCCAAAAAUAUGAUAUAUAAUUUCAUAGAAUGUGUAUUUCUAACUAGCUCGAGCGUAAGAUUGUUCACGGGGCCCAAGAAGCUUUAUGUACAUAUACUCUAUAUAACUUAUGUAAAUUGUAUUUAUUGAUAAAAUUGUAUUUAUUAAGUGUCAGGCAGGAGACACCCAAAUAUGCUAAGCAAUAAACCAUAAGUUAACAAUAGAAAAUACCUAUCAAAUUGAGGUCUCCGAAAACUGUUGGCCAAUUUUAAUUGAGUUGCAGUAAACUAAUCUUUACCAAGUCCAUUACAUAUGU